CUUCAUUACACUUAAGGGUGAAACAGCAAAAUGAAGCUAUUAUCAAGAAUUUUUAUAUUGCUCUUUUUUUCAGUGGUUCUGUCAAAGCAACUCCAGAAAAGCAAGUCCAAACCCAGAUUCAUACGAUAUCAAUCAUGGAACACAAAAAUGUACCCGGUGUGGAAGAAAGGAGACCAGCGUUAUAGGAGCAGCUGGACAGGCGGAGAGGUGAAAUUUGAUGUCCGUAACGAUGCACCAACUCUCACUGGCGCUAAAGUCACCUUCACUAUUGACAUAAUCCUCCCAGACAACCAGCUGGCGCUGCCUAAUGGAGAAGUUGUUUGGGGAAAAAACUGCUUUGUAAAUGGUACCCAGCGUCAUGAGGGUGAGCCCGUCUACCCUCAGGAAUCUAUUGAUGAGCAGGAUGCCGUUUUUCCUGAUGGCUCUCCGCUUAACCUACAUGGAGACCAAAAACCACCUUAUGUGUUUGUGUGGAAAACCUGGGGAAAGUACUGGCAGGUGUUUGAUGGUCCGUCAUCCUCUCUGACCAUCAGCACUGAAGACAUCCCACUCGGUUCCUAUGUAAUGGAUGUGGUUAUUUAUCACUACAGAAAGAGAGACAAAUUCAUCCCAAUUGGCUAUGCUUCCACACAGUUCUGUAUCACUGACCAGAUCCCGUUUGCUGUCACUCUCACACAAAUGAAUGAUAAAGAUGAAGGGGACCAGACGUUUAUCCAAAACCGUGCCAUUGCCUUCGCCAUUGCCAUCCAUGACCCCAGUUCCUACCUGGCCAACUCCGACAUCACCUUUAACUGGGAUUUUGGGGACGGCAGUGGCACUGUGAUUUCAAGACAACUCAAUGUCACCCACACGUACACCAAGACUGGCUUCUUUAAACCCCAUGUUGUCGUCCAGGCUGCCAUUCCAAAUCCGUCCUGUUCCACUCCUCCAAAUACACCUCCAGUUACUAACCCCACUGCUGAUGCCUUUAUCUCUGAGGAGCAUGCAGGGCCUAUUCAGCCUAUCUUGACUGAAAGUGCAUAUAAGGACACUGCAGAUCUGAUGGAACAUUCCGGUUCAUCGAGUGCUGACACGAAAACAGCUUCCCAGCUGGACACAGAUGGAGUGAUGGAUCUGGAGGCAAUAUUCCAAGAUACUAUCGUAAACAAAAUGCUUCAGCCACCAAAUUCUGAGCAGGACUGUGUAAUCUACCGCUACGGCUCCUUCUCCACACAGAUCACGGUUGUUGAGGGCAUUGUGGAUGUGCAGAUUGUCCAGGCGGCCAGUGCUUUUCUCGAACAAAACGCUGUGGAUUUCACCAUUUCCUGUCAGGGAAGUUUGCCUACAGACAUAUGCACUGUGAUAUCCGACUGCCUUUCUCCUGGCAAGACCAUCUGCAGUGCUGUAAGCGCUUUACCAGAGUGCCAGCUCGUUCUCCGACAUGUGUUCAAUGACUCUGGCAUCUUUUGCAUUAACGUGUCAAUGAGUAACGACGUCAGCCUUGCAGUCACUAGUGCCAGAGUAAACGUAAUCAUUGGUUCCAGGUUCAUCAUCAUAGGAAUUGUGGCUAUGGUGCUGGGUAUCCUGACUGUUGCAUUAGCAAUAGGGACCUUUGCUUACAAGCGUCUAAAGCUCUACCAGCCUCUGUCUGAGAUUUCUGCAACUGGAAUUACAUGUUCGAUGCCUUCUCUCCUCUGGAGCUUGAUAAAGCGGCAGGCAGAACUGAAAGAUUCAGUCCUUCUUCACAGAACAGGGUGAACAAGCACCUACAGCAACAGUAAAUAUAAUUCACCAACAGUUUGGAGCAAAUUCUGAUUAUACAGACCUUUCUUUUUUUUUUUUUUUUUUUUUUUUGUAGCUGUGGUUGAUUUUGCUUUUCACACAAAGAUCCAAACAAUGUGUUGUAAUAGUGUAACACUUUUUUUUUUUUUUUUUACACUUCUAACAAAUGACACUACUGUAUCUGGGUGGCUAUGAUGCAAGCGGUCUUAGGCUUCAGUUUUGUUUUUGUGUUUUUAAUGCAAUUUAAUAAACUAAUUCAAAAGCUGGUAAUCAGUUUCAAUAUUUCAGUAUUAAUAUUUACUCUAAAAACGACC